AUUACUCCUUAUCUUCACCUCUUCAUAGUGAAUUAGAAGAGCAAACUGAAAGUACCGUGGAUUUAUAUCAACAAUGGAAUCUUGGGGCGGGCGGAAGUUUUAUUAGCACUUGCCAAAGAGUCAUUUUAAACGAAGGGAAAAAUCGUCCCUUAUAAUUUGGCGUACCAAAGGUCUUCUUCCAUGAGGAAAUGGUGAUGCCGUUCAAUGAUAUUUUAUUUUAUCAUUGUGUGUGACUAUCAUGACGACUGUUAAGCUCUAUCAUUUACGGAUUAUAUAUUUCUAUGUAACAUUGUUCAUUGGAUUAGUAGGGGCAUCACCAUUUGUGCGGAAACACGUUCUGCAGUCAUCAACUAACGCUUCGUUUGUUGCCAGUCUUGGUUGUGAUGACGACAUGGAGACCUUCUUUUUGACCAAUGAUGCAGUUAAUCAGUGGUGGUAUGUUGAGCUGGACAAUAUUUUAACAAUUGGUUGGAUCUAUGUCAGCGUUGGUACUGCGGAUUAUGAAAUGUAUGUUGAAAAUACUGAAGAUCCAAGACCCUUCAAGUACUUCUGUCUACCUGAUCGAAGUAAACUAAGAUCACUUCAACGAUUGGUGGCAUGUAAAUAUCCAAAUUUUGUCAUCGAGCACGUGAAUAGAAUAACUAUUCGUCAAAAAGGAAAUGGAUCAUUGAAAAUAUUUGAUGUUAAACCAAUAGGAAUAUCUCCUUUGAGUCAAACGAUCGUAGUGAAUUAUACGGAUUCCGAAGCCUUAGACGGCGACUUUGACACAUAUUACCAUUCAAACGAAAAAGACCAGGCCUCCUGGUUCCUGAAAUUGGAUAAAAGCUAUGCGAUGAAAUGGAUACUUUUAUCAGUCAGGGGAGGACAUUAUGAAAUACAUGUUAAAGAUGGUGACCUAACAACCAGCACGUCCACACUGUGUCGGAAGUUCAGUUUUACCGGAUCAGAGAUCUUAAAGAAAAACGAAAAGGCCUUGGAAUGUUACACGGAAUUGACAGGGAAUAUAAUUAUAAUAAGAAGAACGGAUUAUGGACCAAUGAGACUGUUUGAGUUGUAUCCCAUAAUUUGUCCCGAAAACCACUACGGACCAAACUGUGCUAAAUGCAAAGCAGAGUGUACAUCCUGUAGUCCUAUCACUGGUGUAUGUUUCGACUCCACGUGUGACCAGAAAACAGGUAUAUGUGAGGGUUGGAAAACAGAAAUGGCUACACACAGCAUCGCCUUUGACGAAGACACACCUAUUACUAAGGAAAUAAACGUCAUUCAAGAAUUCUCACCAGGAACUUGUGAUCGUUCUUGUAUCGCCUGCAUUCUAGAGGUUCAAGUCUGCCUACUCUGUACCAUGCAUCAGCUGCCUUACAGAUGUCAGUAUAAAUGCCAAGAGAUUUGCUCUGGAGAGACUUGUAAUGGCAUGGAGGUAAACUGCACAAGGAAUAAUGUGGAGAAGAACGGCUUCCUCGAUUGUAGGUUUCAACAAAGAAAGAAAGUACACAGCUGUACACGUUAGCUUAUUCUAGAAAAAAACUACAUUCACAGAAACAGAAUUAACUCGCUCAUUUGAUAGACUGACGUCACAAGGAUCGUCAUGUUGACCAAUCCGUUCGAACGAGAUAGGGUAACUGAGUUUUAUAACUUGAAAUGGGAUGAAGUGUCUCCAGUACUCGCCAAACAAAGGAGUGGACAUCGGUUCUCAGACAAUCAGAAUGGAUGUGUAUGAGGACUACGUGCUGAUACAUGGUUGUCCAAUGACACGUGUCUCUAUCUUUCUCAGCACUGAAUCUACAAUAUACAGCGAAUUUUAUCAUAAAUAACACUCUAAAGAACUUCAUCAUCAUUCGUUACUAUUUCAACCGUGUAGGAAAUCAAUAUGCAAAAUUUCACUAUCGAACUAAAUAAGGUAGGCGAGUUCCAUUGCUGCAUUUUUUGGCAAUGACGGAAUCAAGCAAUUGUAUAUUACUACAUGAUACAAUGUGAGAUGGAUCUUUGAAUGUGAGAAUGAUUCUCAGGUAAAAACAAAAUUGACCCCCAUAAUUCACAGGGCCAAAUAGAUCAACUUUAAAUAAAAAACGCUGAAAAACAUAAGCGGAGAAUGGAAUCCACGUGUGUUUCAAUGACGACGCUGUCCUGAAUUACGUUAUAAGCUUUGUGUGUCGUACACGUUUAAAUAUCGAUGACACACUACUCAAAAACCCAAAACACCAAUGUUCACCACAAUUUCAGAUUAAGAUAUACGGUUUGGAGAUAAGUCUAUUAUGUUUUAUCAUAUAUGGCCAUGAACACCCAUGAGAAUGAAGCCAGAAUAAGUCAAAAUUUUCCAAUGUUGAUUCUGUUUUGUAUGACAUAAAACAUUUACUAACUUUGAUUUGAGGUUUUUAAAAAGAAUUGAAAUAGUGAUAUAGACGGAUUUACAACCCUCACCGUUCACCAUGGUUGCCUAUUAGUGUUGUGACGUCUGGGUAUACUAGAAGAAGAUACAUUUACAAUCUGAAUAUAUGUUAACAUUUGUUUCAAUAUGACAUUUGAUCUUGAUGAUAGUUUUCCAUUGUGUGUAUACCAUGCCUUCAUAGUGUAUAUUUGACAUCUUUUGCCAAAUUUUGUCCUUUCUCUUCGAAAUCAUGUUUUGUCCGCUACUCAAUUUGUUUUUGUAUAAUAUAAAUGCCAGAAAUAUAUAUCUUUAAAAUACAAG